UUUCUAUCUAGAUCUAAUCUCGGGAAUCAGUUGUCAAUACAAUUUGAACUAAAAUACACGCUUUCUUUUAUCAUUUUAGCCAAAAAAAUGAAGAAAAGAUGGUGAGAUAAUAACGAAAAAUCGUAAAGUAAAGCAUAAACUGAUUAAAAUGAGAUUUAACGGGCGGGAAAUAACAAAAGUGUGCAACGAAUUAACAACACCAAGCAUAGAAGGCGUUUUGUUUUACAUGAAACCACAGGGAAAUGACUGGUCGGAUUGGUAUCAACAACCCUCGUUUAAAGAACGCACCUUUAAAUUGGUAUUUAAUAUGCUUUUUUAUUAUCGAGUGAACGAAACUGAACCUCAAGGGGUGUUUGUUUUGGAAAAUGUUCAAGUCGCAUACGAGCAGCCUAGAAAAGGUAUUUUUUAUGCGUUUUCAAUCACAUUUAGUGAUGGGAAACAUGUAUUUGCAUGUCGUUGUGAGGAGGAUGUAAAUAAAUGGGUUUCUGCAUUGAAAUCAUCUCCAUAUGAACAUUGGAGGUCGCAAUUAAUCAUUUUAAAAACUAAGUUGAGUAUGAAAACGGGUAAAGAUCCAGUGCUGGAAUAUAUGAGGAGUAAGCAACCGCCAAGUCCACCAAAAAGAAGAAAAAAUCGAUCCAUGUUUUAUACUGAAACUAAGGAUGAAAUUGAAGAGAAAAGUUUUAGUAAUGGCAGGAGUUUUGAUAAUGUACCAGUGAAUAAAUUAAUUGAUUUUUGAGGUGUAUAAGAAAAUUGAACAUAACUAGUCCUUUUAAUGUUAGCAAAAAUUCGUUUUCCCAUUUAUUUUUUUUAAUCUAAUUUAUUAUAAAUAAUAGACUACAAUAUAUUUAUACCAAAAACUUAUUUUUGAUAAA